UGGUGAUUUUAGGAGUAAAUGUAAUUUAGUGUACGCAAAAUUAAGUGUUGAUGUUGUUAGUUGUCAAUUGUCAUAUUUCAAAUAAAUAACAAAUCAUUUUAAAAAUGGCAUCCCGCGAAGAAUGGUGUACAGAUAAACUAUCAAAGCUUUUACAGGAAGAUUUAAGGAUAUCAACAUUAAACGAAAUAAAAGAACAUUUAACAUCCAUUCCACAAUCGGAAGCCACAAAAGUUGCCGAUAACCUGGAUCUUCCAUUAGUUUUUGAUUGUUUAAACGACUCAAAUCCAGAACAAAUUGAUUUGGCUUGCGAAGUUCUAACAUUAUGUAUGAACAAUUUAACAAUAGGAAAAACCACAAAUAAAUAUGAUGUGCCUUUAGAAAGAUCUUUACAUCACCCUUAUUCGAGUGUUAAGAUAAUGGCCCUUACAGAAGUCUGGAGGAAUAUAUCAAAGGAAGAAGGUCUUAUCAACGUUUGCAAAAGAAUAUCUUUGCUAAACAGUGUAAUUCAUUGUAUUGGAGACAGUGAUUUGGCAGUAGCAAAAGAAGCUAUAAAAAUUACUGUUAAUAUUGGUUUAUCAGAUUUGGGGUUAAAAACUCUCGUUUCUCAAGAUGUGAUCAAAGAAAUACAUGAAGUGAUGUCCGUUAAUGAACUUACAAGGUUGAGGGUAUAUGAGGUGGUUGUUGAUAUUGCAAAGGAGUCUGAAUCAAAUUUAGAUACGUUAAAAUCAACAGGCAUUGUUACUCAAAUCUUAGAAGAAGUCAACACCCAUGAUAUUCUAUUAAAAAUGAAUAUUGUAGAACUCCUAACGCAGUUAGGAUUAAGCAGUCACGGUUAUAAUUACCUAGAUCAAAACGGAAUAUUGAGCAAGCUGUUUUCUCUAAUAGAUGAUAGUAAUGAUCCAUUGUCUGUACAGUUUUGUGAACCUGGUAUUUUAAGAUUUUUCGGAAACAUGGCCCAUUGGAAACCAAUGGAACUAUUAUCAAAAUAUCCGAAAAUAUUCGAUAGGUUAUUUUCGAAUCUUGAAAGUAGCGAUUUGAUCAUAGUUGGAAUUUCUCUAGAAACUCUUGGAGUAAUAGGACGUACUAAUCAAGGAAAAUGCGCUUUACAAUCUACAGGGAACAAGAUAACAUAUGCCAUCAAAACAAUAAUGAAAUUAAUAUCAUCUUAUCCGACUGAUGUUAAACUAAGAGCCUUAACAUGUAUUGAAAAUCUACUUCGAGUGUCUGACAUCCAAUCUAAUGUGAGCCAAAUAACGAGAAAAUGGUUUACUUUGUUGAACGACGAUCCUAUGGAUGUUAUCGUACGAUAUGCCAAGAAUCCUUUUACCGAAAUAAAACUUUCCGGAUUGGGAAUUCUACAAGCUAUGUCUAUACAACAAUGGGGACAAGAAGAGAUACGUAAUUGUCCAGGACUCGUCGAAUAUCUUUUGGACAGAAAUGUAGAAACUGUCAAAGAAUGUAAAGAAAUGAAAUACGAAAUAGUAAAAGGCCUGGUAACUAGUACUGUGUUUGAAGAGAAUAUGUUAAAAAGGUUAACAGAUUAUGUCAAACAAGGACCAUUUCAUGUUGAAGCUGUAACUGAAAUUGCUUUUGAGAGGAGUGAAUAAGUAUUGUUUUCAAUUUUUUUAAUAUCAUGUUGAUACAAGCUGUUUAAGUUUAUAUCUAAUAUAUUAUCUAAUAAAUUCUAACAAA